AUGGCUGAUGAUGAAGAAAAUCCUGGUGAAGCUCAAAAUGUGGCACCUGUUAAUUACAGAACACCUAAGCUUCCAAAAUUUUUCCGCAAUGACCCGGAACUUUGGUUUGCUCAGGCCGAGGCCAUGUUCCUAUACGCGCGUUUGACAUCCGAACGAGCCCGGGCUGGCGCUGUCAUUUCGGUUCUGGAUUUCGACGUCAUCCAAUCAGUACGAGAUCUAGUGACCUCCAACCAACCUAUCCUUUAUACGGAACUUAAAGAACGUUUAAUUUCUAAUUUUGCUACUUCUCCUGAAAAUAACUUGCGACAACUGCUAAAGGGCGAGAUUUUAAACGAAGGAAACCCGUCAUUGGUAUUAAGUAGAAUUAGGAAUUUAAGUGGGGGCCAAUGCAGCGAUGAAGUUAUCCGUGCAAUUUUCAUUGAACAAUUGCCAUGUGAUUAUCGCGUAGCGCUAGCAUUAUCAGAGACAACGGAUCUUCAAAGACUCGGUAAAUUAGCGGAUAUUAUCCAUGACACAGCCGGGGCCAGUGGACUCCAAACCGCCGCGGUUUAA